GGCGCGGCGCCGGCAGCGGCAGGAGCGGGAGGAGCGGGAGGAGCGGCGGCACCGGCGGCACCGGCGGCACCGACCAGCCCGACCCAGCCGCGCGUCCCGCUCCUGCUCAGCGCGCAGUUCCCGUCCUGCCCCGCGUUCCGGCGCUAUGGCGGCGCUGUGCCGGUGGCUGCGCGCUCCGCCGGUCGCCACGCGCUGGGGCCGCGCGAUGUGCGUGUCCGCCGCCAACCCCCGCCCGCCGCCGCCGCCCCCGCCGUCCUGCCCCGCCCCCCCCGGCGGACACCGGCUGCUGGCCGCCGCUCUGGGCGCCGGGACGGCGGCGCUGCUGCUGCUGUGGUGCCGGGAAGGCCGCCGUCCCGCGCUGCUCGCCGCCGUGCCCGCCCCGCCCGCCCCGCCGCCCGGUUCGCCCCGCGCCGCCUUCAACUUCAUCGCCGACGUCGUGGAGAAGACGGCGCCCGCCCUGGUCUACGUGGAGAUCGUGGGCAGGCACCCAUUCUCAGGCCGUGAGGUGCCCAUCUCGAACGGUUCGGGGUUCGUGGUGUCUCCUGAUGGGCUCAUUGUGACCAACGCUCACGUGGUGGCCAACCGGCGCCGUGUGCGGGUGAAGCUGGCCAGCGGGGAGCAGUACGACGCUGUGGUGCAGGACGUGGACCAGGUCGCAGACAUUGCCACCAUCCGGAUCAAGCCUAAGGUGCGGGGCACUUUGCCCAGGGGCUCCCUUCCUCUCCCGCCUUCUGCUUACCCGGUUCCUCUCUUCCAGCACCCGCUGCCCACGUUGCCCCUCGGCCGCUCCUCUGAGGUGCGGCAGGGAGAGUUCGUGGUGGCCAUGGGCAGCCCCUUCGCCUUGCAGAACACCAUCACGUCCGGCAUUGUCAGCUCCGCGCAGCGCGGCAGCCGGGAGCUGGGCCUGACCGCCUCCGACAUGGAGUACAUCCAGACGGACGCCGCUAUCGACUUUGGGAACUCUGGUGGUCCCCUCGUCAACUUGGAUGGCGAAGUGAUUGGGGUGAACACUAUGAAGGUGACAUCAGGCAUCUCCUUUGCCAUCCCCUCAGACCGGCUGCGGAAGUUCCUGCAGAAGGAGGAGCAGCGCAAAAGCUCCUGGUUUGGCAACGCGGAGACGAAGCGCCGUUACAUCGGGGUGAUGAUGCUGACUCUCACACCCAGCAUCUUAGCUGAGCUGAAGCUGCGUGACCCCAGCUUCCCUGAUGUCUCCUAUGGAGUGCUAAUCCACAAAGUGAUCAUCGGUUCUCCGGCCCAUCAGGCAGGCCUGAAGGCUGGCGACGUGGUGCUGGAGAUUAACGGCCAGGCGACGCGCCGUGCAGAGGAUGUGUAUGAGGCAGUGAGGACUCAGCAGAGCUUGGCCCUGUUGGUGCGGCGCAGCUACGACACUUUGCUGGUGAGCGUGGUGCCCGAGGUCACAGAGUAGUUGUGCUGCAGCGCAGGCCGCUCUGUCUGCUGGCUGAUGGUGCUGGCCAGGAGCCGGGCACGCAGGACUGAGGCACAGCUGUGUGCCCAUAGGGGAGAGACUGGGAGCUCGCAAGGGCCUGGAGGGGCCCGGCAGGGGGCCCGGCACUGGGACAGACCUGGUGUGAAAGCACUCCCCUCCUUACUCAAAUAAAGCACUUUUCUAAGUGCA